GCAGAAGAAGAAGAGACAUAUGAGUGGGAUGAUCAGCAGUCUAUGGAGGAGGCUGGAAUGACGAGGACAGUCAAAGAGGAGGACAUUCCUACAGAGAUCAGCACAGGACACACCAUGGGGAAACCUUCAAAGGGUCAUCUUACUUUAUCUCCAGGUUGUAAAAUGGAAGAUGAGGACAUCACAAGAGAUUGUGUAGGAGAAAAGACAAUGAGCUCAGCUAUGGAUGGAGGACUUCACAGUGUGGAUAGACCAUCAAAUCCCUCUGACUCUGAGCAACUUCAUACUGUGAGGGAUGGUGCCGGAAUUCAGGGGGAGGAGGAAUUUUCCUGUCCUGAAUGUGGGGAAAGUUUUAGCUCUGAAUUAAGUCUUACUAUACAUCAGAGGUCUCACAUGGGGGAAAAGCUUCAUUCCUGCUCUGAAUGCUGGAAAUGUUUUACACGGAAAUCAGAACUUAUAAGACAUCAGAGAUCUCACACUGGAGAGAAGCCGUAUUCUUGUCCAGAGUGCGGAAACUGUUAUGCACGGAAAUCAGACCUUGCUAUACAUCAAAGAACUCACACAGGUGAGAAGCCAUAUUCCUGUCAAGAGUGUGGGAAAUGUUUUACACAGAAAGCCCAUCUUACCACACAUCAGAGGUCUCAUGCGGUGGAGAAACCAUAUCCCUGUGAGUGCGGGAAAAGUUUUUUACAGCAAUCAGACCUCGCUGUGCAUCAGAGAUUGCAUACGGGUGAGAAGCCGUAUUCCUGCCCUGAGUGCGGGAAAUGUUUUCCCUGGAAAUCAGACCUUGUUACACAUCAAAGAACCCACACAGGAGAGAAGCCGUAUUCCUGUCCUGAGUGUGAAAAAUCAUUUUCACAGAAGUCUAGUCUUACUAGACAUCAGGCAUGUCACUCACAGGAGAGGCCAUAUUCCUGCCCUGAGUGUGGGAAAUGUUUUACACGGAAGUCCUAUCUAAGUGACCAUCAAAGAACCCAUAAAGAAGAUUAUUUCCUUCUCACUAUAGUAUAGACUAAUCCUAUAAAUCCAGUAUUUCUCAUGUGGUCAGCCCUGCAUAGAAAAAAAGAAUAGAUGUCUUUGUGUUUGCGUUGUGCUUAGGAGAGAUCUGUGUAAUGCCGCAUACACACGAUCGGAAAUUCCGACAUGAAAAGUCCAAUCGUCUGUAUGCAAUUCUGGCGCACAAAAAUCCUGCGCAUGCUCGGGAAUCAAUUUGACGCAUCAUGGAAACAUUGAAUUUCAUUUUUCUCGGCUCGUCGUAGUGUUGUACAUG